CGCUGUCCCAGGCGCCGCUCCAGAAUCUCCCAUAAGUGUUGAAAUGGGUAGUGACUGAGACGGCCGUGACAUAUGGUUUACUUCGUUUUCAUGCUUAUCAAGGGUAUAAGGACCCGCUUGACAACCGAUAUUUCAUUUAAGAAUUUAUUGAAAUUAGGGUACGGUUAAGGUAAGGGUCAGUUUUUGGCUGUCGGUUUAAGCGUCAACUGUGUCCUCCCCAGCAAGCUAGCUAACGGUAUGCAUGGUUGUUUAGCGUGCAUGCGCUAGGGCUACAUAAAGGAGCUCUACUCGAGGGUGUGUGCACGCAGUCAGGUAAGAUCGGAGAAAAGACAUCCGUGCAGUGCUUGGUCACAACUUCAGCUUGAACAACCAGCCGAACGGAGAAUGGAAAGCUAGCUAUCAGGCUAGCUAGCUAGGUGAAAUUCAAGGAGGACAUGUGCUAGCUGGUUCGUGUGGAACGACAGUUUCCUGUUUUCGCAAGUGUCCAGGUUGAGUCGACCGUAACAUCUGGAUUGAGAACAUACGCGAGGUGGAGAUGCAGACUUUUUUGAAAGGCAGAAGAGUGGGUUACUGGCUCAGCGAGAAGAAGAUGAAGAAGCUGAAUUUUCAGGCCUUUGCUGAUUUGUGCAGGAAAAGAGGAAUAGAAGUGGUCCAGCUGGACCUGAGCCAGCCCCUGGAGGAGCAGGGUCCCCUGGACGUCAUCAUCCACAAACUGACCGACCUGAUCCUGGAGGCCGACCAGAACGACACACAGUCAGUCCUGCUGGUGCAGAGAGUGCAGGACUACAUUGAUGCCCACCCUGAGACCAUUGUGCUGGACCCCCUCCCAGCAAUCAGGACCCUGCUGGACCGCUGCAAGUCCUACCAGCUCAUCCAUCGGAUAGAGGACUGCAUGCAAGAUAAGAGGAUCUGCUCUCCCCCGUUCAUGGUUCUGAACACUGAGUGUGGUCCAGACACACUGGAGCAGAUUGAGAAGCAUGGACUCACAUUCCCCUUUAUUUGCAAAACACGAGUAGCCCAUGGAACCAACUCCCACGAGAUGGCCAUCAUAUUCAGUGAGGAGGACCUGAAGGGCGUGAAGCCUCCGUGUGUGAUCCAGAGCUUCAUCAACCAUAACGCUGUGCUCUACAAGGUGUUUGUGGUGGGGGAGUCCUACACGCUGGUGGAGAGACCCUCCCUGAAGAACUUCCCCGCUGGACCAGCAGACAGAAAAGCAAUUUUCUUCAACAGCCACAACGUAUCAAAGCCAGAGUCCUCUUCAGACCUGACAUCUAGGGACAACGUGGAGGGGGUCUCCCAGCCACCCAGUGAUGAUGUCAUCAGAGAGCUGUCCAGGUCCUUGCGACAGGAGCUGGGCGUGUCCUUGUUUGGCAUUGACGUCAUCAUCAACAACCUUACGGGCCAACACGCCGUCAUCGAUAUCAAUGCAUUCCCUGGUUAUGAGGGUGUCCCAGAGUUCUUCAACGACCUCCUGACCCACAUCACCAGUGUGCUCCAGACUCAUGCCCCCGACAGCCCCCCAGCCAGCGAGCAGCCCAAAGGCCUGGAAUCCAGCGCUACGGUACCCACAGCCCCCACCCCAACCCCAGCCCCGGGCUCCCCAGGCUGUUGCAGCAUGCUGGGGAAGGAGGCCAGCAGCAGCCCCUGGAUCGUGGAGGGGGAUGGGAACCUGAAGGGCCCCCGCCAGAGACUGGGCUGUAACUCAGCCAUGUCCCCCAACUUCCAGCAGCACUGUGUGUCCACAAUAGCCACCAAGGCUUCCUCCCAAUGACUGCCCUCCUCUUCCACCUUAGCCCCCACCCUGUAUUAACCUCCAACAAAAACAGAUGAUUGUGACAAUAAUGAAUAAUAGUCAUUAUUAUGAUAUUAAUUCUAAUAUCUGUAAUCAAAAACCUACUUUUUUUCUAUGUAGAUAUUGAUGGUGAUUGGGUGUAGAUUUUUUUUCUCUGCCUUUUUUGGAUUGUUUUGUUUAAUAAGACUCACAGUACUGUAAUGUGAACUUUUGGGAACUCUGCUUAAUUACUGAUUUUAGUUUCUCUCUGUGAAAUCUCUGUAAUCAAGUGGUCCACAUGAGAUGGUUAGGGGAAUGGCCUUGUCUGGCCUUUUGAUUACAGCAGUGAAGAAAAAGGCAAUUUUAACAUCCUAUGCUCCAGACACACAUACAUUUCCUGCAUUGAAAGUCACCAGUGAUGACUUGUUACCACUCUGUCAAAAAGGGGAGUUAGGGUAGAAGGGAUAAAAAUGUAUUUUAUUGUCAUAUAUACCAGAUAGGUGCAGUGAAAUGUGUUGUAGGGCAAGAUUAUUGUCUGGGUAUUAUAACACUCAUCCACAGGUUUGGAGCAGCUGCCUGUGCGAAGGGCACGCAUAUCAACUGACUUAAAGCAGAAGAACCCACUCUAUCAUUUCCAAAAUAACAAGCAAUUCAUUGGGGUCUUGGUCGACAUUAGAUAAGAUUAAAUUGAACGCUGGUUGCUUUACUGUGUGCCAUUUAAUUGACAAUAUGCUCUGUGUAGUGCAAGGCUCUUGUCAUGUGAAUUUCAUAUUCUUCACAACAGCAGAAACAAAGUAGAUUUUAAUAUCAAGAUACAGUACAUGUAGCACGAAAGGCUGAAAAUACCUGCAUAAACCUUUGAUCACACCUGAUAUAAUCAUUUGUCAGCAGAAAAAUAAAUAUUUGUUCAUGUGACCAAGUUUAAUAUGGAAUAAUGUUUAUAAAGGCUUUUUGAGUGUUUGUCAGAUAUGGUUGAGGUUUAUACAGGUGUUUUAUGUGACUACAAACCAGUCCAUUUCCUUGCCUCUCAUAACUUGAUUGGCGUUGCUCCAGCAUUGCUGAAAGAUGAGGAUCACAUUCCGUUUGUGUGUGUUUUCAAAAAGUAUUCCAGAAUUCCAAUGCUUUAGUGAAAAAUGACUGUUUUAUGGAAUUGAAUCGGCAUGGUGAACUCUGUCAUUCCUUCUCCCUCCAUUACUACUCAUUCAAAACUCAAUUCAACCUCUGGGCCUCUUUAAUACAGUGUUCAAUUGGUAUUGUGUUCAGAAAACGAACUCUUACUCCACUAAUUUCUAAUUGAAUGAUAUAGAAUAUAUAUAUUUAGCCAACUAAAUCAACAGAAAUUAUAAUUUUUGUGACCAUUAAGUGAAUAAUGUCUUGAUGACAACGCUAAGGAUUCUUUAUGUUCUCAGUACUUUCAGCCUUAUUGACAAGACAUCAUUUUAAGCAGACUGCUGGCAUCUAUUAAACAGUGAAACACCAUCUAGUCAGCCCGGUGCUCUCUUAUAUAGCCGGUAACGACAGUCUCCAAACACCCUGUAAGCAUCAGCUGCUGUGUCAUUUUGAGAUGUCACAAUAUGUUAAAAUAAGAGAACAUUUUCAAAUUUUGCUCCCAAUGUUCAGAGAAACUUUUUAAAACUUAUUUUGUUAAUGUUUUUGUCCUGACAUUUACUAAGAGCAAUUUAUUUUGAGAUUCUAUGGGGAGGGAAAUUAUUUUUAUAUAGUGGAGUGAUGAUUCGAACAAAUAAGGGAUUCUUGUCAGACGAGUAGUGAAAUGAUUGGUUGGCAAAUGAAAUGAUCUUCAGAACUGCAAGACCAAGCUUACAGCUGCCACUGUCUUCACCCUUAGCAUCCAGUUGAAGUGCAAGGAAAAGAGUGCAGGGCUGCCAACUCGAUGUUAAAUAAUAGGGUGUUUUAAGCACUGCUUAAUCCUGGAGGAGCAAGCAUCAGCAUAUAGAAUAAGUAGGCUGGCACACUGAAUUGACACGUUAAUCAGAGGUUACUUAGCCCCAAUAGCCUGGUGACAGUGACUGACCGUCUAAACAGUGUAGCCAUUCCACCUGCAGCCCUCCAGGACAAGAGUUGAGUAGCAGUGCUCCUAAAGCCUUUCCUAUUGAAGGACACAUCCUCAUCCCUGUGUGGGUGAACAGUGACCAAGGAGAUAAUGUCUUAACCAAGCCAUGCCCAGUAUGUUGUGGAAACACUUACAUCUCUACAUCACUAUAGUGUGUUCUUCAUUGUGCUUCUAAAUGGGAAAUAAAUAUUAACCCUACUUACUACCUUGA